AUGCUCUCCGCUCGUCUCGCCCGCGCCGGCCUCCGUGCCUCUGCCCAGCAAGCCUCCGUUCCUCGCACUGCUGCUCUCAACGGCCUGCGCACCUACGCUACCCCGGCCCAGGAAAUCAAGCCUCCUGUUUCUCUCUUCGGCGUUGACGGCACCUACGCCACUGCUCUGUACACUGCCUCCGCCAAGGCUUCCGCCCUCGAUGCCACCUCCAAGGCCCUGAACAACCUCGGUGCUGCCCUCAAGGCCGACCCCAAGCUCACCGGCAUCAUCUCCACCCCUACCCUCACUGUUGCCGACAAGCAGACCAUCGUCACGGAGCUCCAGAAGGUCGCUGCUGAUAAAGGUGACAUCGUCAAGAACUUCCUUGGCACACUCGCCGAGAACAACCGUCUCGGCCUGCUGAACGAGGUUGUCGACAAGUUCGGUGCUCUCAUGAGCGCUCACCGCGGUGAGAUCGAGCUGGUUAUCACCAGUGCUCAGGAGCUCGACAACAAGACCAUCAACCGUCUCGAGAAGGCCAUCGCCAAGUCCGAGUUCAGCCAGGGCAAGAAGCUCAAGGUUGUCCCCAAGGUCAACCCUGACAUCGUCGGCGGUCUCGUCGUUGAAAUUGGCGACCGCACCAUUGACCUGAGCGUCUCCUCCAAGAUCGCCAAGCUCAACAAGGCCCUUACCGAUGCUUUGUAA